AUGCAGGCGGACCUUCCAAACGAACGAGACACCGCCAGUUCACCACCCAGUGCUCAACAGGAUCCACGUCGAACUGUACAAUGCAGCGCAAUUGGAAACAAGAGAAAGAGAAACCAUGGAAAUGCAGCCGUUGCCGCCAACGCGGCAUCCCCUGCCUCAACACCGGAAAGUACGAAAAGCUAUGACCACGACGGCGACGUGUACGACCCAGAUCAACCACUGGCAGACCGUCGAAAGGUCCAGAGAAGCUUCAGAGAACUCCUCCGCGAUGUGACAGAAAACUCAGAGGAAUAUCUCAGGUCUGGCUCACAUGGGCUAUAUGACACCAUAAUCAAAGCAAAUGAGCUUACGAAACAAGUUCGCCAAACCACAGAAGCUACGAUAGACUCACGACUACUUGUCAGCACAACGGACCUCUCGUACCGGAAAACGCUGCGGCUCACACAGGGUAGCCUUUCCCGAGGCGUCGACGUGGACGAGUUUGUCUCCAAAUGCAUAACAUUCAUGCGCCAAGAACGUGAAAUUUCGGAUGCCAACGGGCAACAAGCAGAAUACGACCAAGACGAAGGACAAGAAGGAGAGCGAAAUUCGGCAACACAACAGCGACGCCAGAGAGAAAUUGCCACUGGAAUCGACGACACCGAAGAUAGAGAUGGUGACAUGAUGAACUGGGCCGAACUAGGCCGAUUUGCAUGCCUUCCGCACUCAAGAAGACCAGCACUGCCGGGGCUGCUUUUAGGUCCAUUAUCAGUGGAGAGGAAAAUACGGAGAGUUGCUAAACGCAGCGCUCCGUUCAAACCAAAUAACCUCGCCGAAACGAGGCCGGAAAUCCUGAACAUCGAUGACCUGGCCAAGAAAGAAAACGACCUCACUGCCAUAUGCGGGAAGAUUUUCCAGCAACUUCAGAACAUGCAAGAACAGGUGCAAGAGGUGGUGGCCGAAGCCAUACACGACGAGAUGAGUGACGAGGAGAAAAUCGACAUCAUGCACAAACACGGACUACGGCGAACCGGCGGUAUAGAUCUUUUGAGAUUCGUGAUCAACCCGAAGUCUUUUGGACAAACUGUCGAGAAUAUGUUCUACGUGAGUUUUCUAAUCCGGGACGGAAGGAUCGAAAUCGAGUACGACGAAUACGACCUGCCUGCACUAGCGCCUGUUGUCCGCGAGGAACAUGAGGAUGAAUCGGUGCGCCAGAGUUCCGCAAAACACCAAGCCAUAUUAUCCAUCGAUAUGCAAGCCUGGCAAGAUAUCGUCGAAACUCUCCAAAUUAAAGAGCCCAUGAUCGAGCAUAGACAAGAAACUAUCGAUAGUGGUCCGGGGGCAAGAGGCUGGUAUAGCUGA